AUGCACAUGCAAGUGCAAUUAAAUCUACAUAUGAAGCUAUACUGCCUAUUCAACUGCAAAUGCAACUGCAUCAGGAAGAAACCUGCAGCAGCAUAUUUCAAAGCAAAUACAGUAGCAAAUUUAAAAGCACUUGCAACUGUAACAGCAACUGCAUCAGAACAUGCAACAGCCACAGACCAUGCCACAGCAGCUAGUACUCUAAAAGCACAUGCAGCGGCAAGUGCACAAGAAACUGCAACUGCACUUGUAACUACAACUGCAACUACUAAAGAAAAUGUAACUGCAUCUUUUUCUACAACUUCUACUGCACAUAAGACUGCAACUGCAACAGCAACAGCAUCAGAAAAUGCAAAUGCUAUUGCAACUUUACCGGCAAAUGCACAUCUUUCCUUAACUCGAACUUGCAUAGGCUACUGCAACUGCAACAAAACCUUCAACAGCACAUCAAUUGCAACUGCACAUUUACUUCCCACUGCCACUACAACUUCACAUGCAAAUGCAGAUUUAACUGCAACUUUAACUGCACAUGCCCUUGCAACUGCACACGCAACUGCUUUAGCCCAAGCAACUGCCCAUGUUACGGCGUCUGCUACUACUACAACAAAUGUAACUGCUUUUGCAUCUUUGCAUGCUACUUCACAUAAUAAUUCAACUGCAAAUGCCACUGCAACUAAAACUGCACAUGCCCUUUCAACUGCAAAAGCAACAGCAACUGCCACUGCUACUUUGUUUGCAACUGCAACUAAUAAUGCACAUGCAACGAAAACUGUAUCUUUACAUACAGUUACGCAUGAAACCGCAGAUAAAACUGCUACUGGAACUGUACAUGCUCCGUCAAUUGCACAUCUAUCUGUAUCUAAUCUAGCAAAUGUACAUUUUACAGCAAAUAUAACUGCAACUGUCAUUGCACAAGCAACUGCAACUCUACAUGCAACAUCAACCUAA